UCCAAAAAUAAAAUUUGGGGAAAAAAAGAUGGGGAGGUCGUCGUCACGUUGGGGAGACGACGAAGCUUUUACUGAUGAACAGCUUCGUGUAAUCGACGCCAUUGAAGCAUCUUACGUCACCCCCUCUGCUUCUCCCUCUCCUUAUUCUUCUUGCUCUUCGUCGUCGGGUACGCCAACCGUACGAAAGUCGAACCCCCGCCAUGGCCGUGAGAAUCCGACUGAGAUGCGACGUCAAUUACCCCGCUCCAUCACUUCUCCUUCCUCUCGUUUCCGGAGAUUUCCCUUCUCUCGUUGCCGAGCUGGUUUCGGGAGAUUUCCUGCGAUGAGGUUUGGUGGGGAAAUUUUGUAUUCUAAGACUGCAUGUGAAGUGGAUAAGAAUGCAAAGCAGCUCCUCAAGGUUCUUGAUUCAAAGAGAAUCGAAAAUGGCGGAACAGUUAUCGGGCUUGAUAUAGAGUGGAAACCCAGUUUUAAAAGAGGUGUUCUACCAGGGAAGGUUGCUGUUAUGCAAAUAUGUGGAGAUAAUCAUUAUUGUCAUGUUUUGCACAUUGUUCAUUCCGGUAUCCCAGAGAGUCUCAGAUGCCUUCUUGAGGAUUCAACAAUUGUGAAGGUUGGUGUUGGUAUUGACGGUGACUCUGUCAAGCUUUUCCAUGACUAUGGAGUAUCUAUUAUGGGUGUCGAGGAUCUUUCAAAUCUAGCCAACACAAAACUCGGGGGAGAGAUGAAGAAAUGGGGCCUCGCUUCACUGACUGAGAGGCUCGUUAGCAAAGAGCUGCUGAAGCCGAACCGUAUAAGGCUGGGGAACUGGGAGGUGAAUGUUCUAUCAAAGGAGCAAUUACAAUACGCUGCAACAGAUGCUUUCGCCUCGUGGCAUCUCUACCAGGUUCUAAAGGGCCUUCCUGAUGAUGAUGAUGAUAAAAGGUGAUGAAAAGGAAUGUGAUCCAUUGAUGCAGUCAAGAAGCUCAUAUCCUUUAAUAGAUUCUUUUUAUUAAUGAAGAUUUUCAAGAAGCUCUGUUUUCUCCUUCUGUCAA